GGCUGAGAGGGGUCGGGGGAGGGGGCAGCAUGGCCUGGCCGUCCGGCCCCUUUUCCAACGCUCAGCUGCCCCGGGAGUGUGGCGCUGCGCCUCGCAGGGAGAAGAGGUCCGAAUGGAGACAGAAGCCAGCCAGCCCGGCCUCGCCUCCCCGGACUCCCCCCACGACCCCUGCAAAAUGUUCAUCGGGGGAUUGAGCUGGCAAACCACGCAAGAAGGCUUGCGGGAGUAUUUUAGCCAGUUUGGAGAGGUGAAAGAGUGCCUGGUCAUGAGGGACCCGCUGACAAAGCGAUCCAGAGGAUUCGGGUUUGUCACUUUCAUGGACCAAGCUGGUGUGGACAAGGUACUGGCCCAAUCUAGACACGAACUGGACUCCAAGACGAUUGACCCAAAGGUUGCAUUUCCCCGCAGAGCACAGCCCAAGAUGGUGACACGGACCAAGAAGAUAUUUGUGGGCGGCCUCUCCGUGAACACCACCGUGGAGGAUGUGAAACAGUAUUUUGAACAAUUUGGGAAGGUGGACGACGCAAUGCUCAUGUUUGACAAGACCACGAACAGGCACCGAGGUUUUGGAUUUGUCACAUUCGAAAGUGAAGACAUUGUGGAGAAAGUCUGCGAGAUCCACUUCCAUGAGAUCAACAACAAAAUGGUGGAAUGUAAAAAAGCUCAGCCAAAGGAAGUGAUGUCCCCCACUGGCUCUGCAAGAGGGCGGUCCCUGAUGCCUUACGGAAUGGACGCCUUCAUGCUCGGGAUUGGCAUGUUGGGUUACCCAGGUUUUCAGGCUGCCACCUACGCCAGCCGAAGUUACACGGGCAUUGCGCCUGGCUACACUUACCAGUUCCCUGAAUUCCGGGUAGAGAGGACCCCCCUCCCGAGUGCCCCAGUCCUCCCUGAGCUGACAGCCAUCCCUCUCACUGCGUAUGGACCCAUGGCGGCGGCGGCAGCGGCAGCGGCUGUGGUGCGAGGGACAGGGUCCACCCCGAGCCGCACCGGUGGAUUCCUGGGCACCACCAGCCCCGGGCCAAUGGCGGAGCUUUACGGAGCAGCCAAUCAGGAUUCAGGAGUCAGCAGCUACAUCAGCGCAGCAAGUCCCGCCCCGAGCACUGGCUUUGGCCACAGCCUAGGGGGACCUUUGAUUGCAACAGCGUUUACUAAUGGUUACCACUGAAGCUGAGGACCAAGGAAGGAGGAGAUUCCCCAGUGAGCAAACCAAGGACAAGCGACCUGGAGGAUCCGGCAACACUUGAGGGAUGAGCCAAGAUUUCAUUUUUAGUAAAUAAAACUGCACACUCGUGGCUGUUUGCUGGGCUUCUCCCGGCCUGCCCUGACCUCUCCAUUGA